AUGGCGUCUUCGUUGACUCCCGCAUCUGGCGCCUCGGCAGACGAGCCAGGCCUGGUCGAGAAGACGGCCGCCCUCGUGCUUGCCCAGCCAGAUGCGCAGCCCAAGAGCCAGGAUUCACCACCGGCUCACAGAUCUCACGACCCGGAGAACAACCUGAAGCGGAGCGACCCGUUUCAGUUCGGCAGUCGUCUCUUCAACGAGGGAGACAACGUCUACGAGUUCAAUGCAUGGGACCAUGUCGAGACUGACGAUGCAUACAAGGAGUAUGCUGAAGAGCAGUACGAGAUGCAGCUCUCCUUUUUCUUUUCCCACCACCCCAAAACAAUCCCUGGUUUCAUGAUGAUCCCACCAAUUACGCAUAAUAGGCUCAAUGCCAACCCAGCUCGUAUGUGGGAUCUGUUCUACAAGAACAAUACUGCCAAUUUCUUCAAGAAUCGCAAGUGGCUGCAGCAGGAAUUUCCUAUCCUUGGUGAAGUGACCAAGGAGGAUGCCGGCCCUGCGGUGAUUCUGGAAAUUGGUGCCGGUGCCGGCAACACGGCGUUCCCCGUGUUGGCGAAUAACAAGAACACCGCACUCAAGGUCCAUGCUUGCGACUAUUCCAAAAAGGCCGUCGAGGUCAUGCGGGGCCACGAGGAGUACGACACGAAGCACAUGCAGGCUGAUGUGUGGGAUGUGACAAGCGACGAACUUCCCCCAGGCCUGGGCGAGGAGUCUGUCGACGUUGCCAUCCUUGUUUUCAUCUUUUCGGCGCUGAACCCCAAUCAGUGGCAGAAGGCUGUAGAGAACGUCCACCGCCUGCUGAAGCCCGGUGGCCAGGUCUGCUUCCGAGACUAUGGAAGAGGUGAUCUCGCCCAGGUCAGGUUCAAGAAGGGUCGUUACCUAGACGAAAACUUCUACGUGCGGGGUGAUGGGACACGUGUGUACUUUUUCGAGCUCGACGAGCUGAGGACUAUCUGGAAGGGUGUUGUUGAGAAGGAGGGUGAAGCUGCCACAAAGGAACUGUUCGAGAUCGAGGAUCUCGGUGUUGACAGGCGGAUGCUCGUAAACCGCGCCCGCAAGUUGAGGAUGUACCGCUGCUGGAUGCAGGGUAAAUUCAAGAAGAUAUGA